UCAUUUGGGUUUUGACGCACAUUUCGACGUGGUUUCCGUUUUCAUUUCAUCUAUUUUUUGAACCAAAGGGCGGGCACCUCUCAUUACAACAGAGAUUGGAAGAAGCUCCCUUUUCUUCUCUCCCUCUCUCCAUCUCUCUCUCUCCUCGACGUUCGUCUUCAGAGCAUUUCUCUAUCUCUCCAAGGUUUCUGCAGGUAUUAGAAGAUGGCUGACGCUGAGGAUAUUCAACCACUUGUCUGCGACAAUGGGACUGGAAUGGUCAAGGCUGGAUUUGCUGGAGACGAUGCUCCAAGGGCUGUGUUUCCUAGCAUUGUCGGUCGACCUCGUCAUACUGGUGUGAUGGUUGGGAUGGGGCAAAAAGAUGCAUACGUUGGGGAUGAGGCUCAGUCCAAGCGUGGUAUAUUAACUCUGAAAUACCCAAUUGAGCAUGGUAUUGUCAGCAACUGGGAUGAUAUGGAGAAGAUUUGGCAUCACACCUUCUACAAUGAAUUGCGUGUGGCCCCAGAAGAACACCCAGUUCUACUCACAGAAGCACCUCUCAACCCAAAAGCUAAUCGUGAGAAAAUGACUCAAAUCAUGUUUGAGACCUUCAACACUCCUGCAAUGUAUGUGGCUAUACAGGCUGUUUUGUCCCUUUAUGCUAGUGGUCGCACAACUGGUAUUGUUCUGGACUCUGGAGAUGGUGUCAGUCACACCGUUCCCAUAUAUGAGGGGUAUGCCCUCCCACAUGCCAUCCUUCGACUUGACUUGGCAGGACGUGAUUUGACCGAUGCACUCAUGAAAAUCCUAACUGAGCGUGGCUACUCUUUCACAACCACAGCCGAGCGCGAAAUUGUGAGAGACAUGAAGGAAAAGUUGGCAUAUAUUGCCCUAGAUUAUGAGCAAGAGCUUGAAACUGCCAAGACAAGCUCUGCUGUUGAGAAAAGCUACGAGUUGCCUGAUGGUCAGGUCAUCACCAUUGGUGCUGAACGUUUCCGUUGCCCAGAGGUCCUCUUCCAGCCUUCCAUGAUUGGAAUGGAAGCUGCAGGAAUUCAUGAGACCACAUACAACUCUAUCAUGAAGUGCGAUGUCGACAUUAGGAAGGAUCUAUAUGGAAACAUUGUCCUUAGUGGUGGAUCUACCAUGUUCCCGGGCAUAGCUGACAGAAUGAGCAAGGAAAUCACUGCUUUGGCUCCUAGCAGCAUGAAAAUCAAAGUGGUUGCUCCACCUGAGAGAAAAUACAGUGUCUGGAUCGGUGGCUCCAUUCUUGCAUCUCUAAGCACUUUCCAGCAGAUGUGGAUCGCAAAGGCAGAGUACGACGAGUCUGGCCCAUCAAUUGUGCACAGGAAGUGCUUCUAAUUAUGUUGGCUUGGAGCAUUGGAAGUGUAAUGUCCCAUUUCUCGGAUAUGGUCCCAAAUUUUCGUGUCUUAUGUUGUUUAAAUAUUGAACCAAGUUCAUGGCAAAGAGAUUUAACUCUUUUAUUAUUGUUAUUACCCAUUUAUCGUUGUUUAUAUU